CAAAGAAUGAAAGGCAGCGGCUGGGAAAAAAAAGAAAGAACUUGCCUCAAUUGUCCAAGCCUAACGUCAUGGAAAGACUAGUUAGUACUUUGUUGCCUAGCGCAUAGACAUACAUCCUGGGAUACAUUUCUCCAUUGUGUCUUGGUGAUCAAUAGUGGGAUUGAUAUCACUUUGAUGGCCAACUCCGCUGGUUUUACCCGAAGUCAGGACUGAAGAUGCGCGAGAAGAACCUGUUUACAAAGAAAACAGAGCGAGUUUCUAUCCAAGGGAAUGUAGAGUCAGCCAGCUCAAAAUGCAAAGGGAUACCAUUACCCACCCGGUCGCCCUCAUCCCGAACGGGCCGACUUGUCUUGGAAACAUUUCUACCGUGGAUCUCUUCUAAUGAACGGAUGCUAUUCGACUGUCGGGUGAUUUAAUUACGCAACUCUGCAAUACUUUGUUUUGGUUGUUUUUUUGAAGGAUUACUUCCAGAGGCGCAACUUUUUUUUGUUUUUAUGAACCUGUUUAGUCAUGCACAAUGAGCUCACAACCCAUUAUGUUAUUACCCAUGCAUUGUUAAGUAUGCAUUACGUUUUUUAACAUUUAAAACUUUUAACCAUAAUAAACAAACAUACGUCAUAUACGAAGUACUGAAUCAAAGGGGUUAAGAUGACAACCGUAUUCGUCACGGUUUUUAUAUUUGUUACCAUGUAGGCAUUUUCUUCUGACUUAUGAGCAGUGUCUUUCAAAGUUUUGUGUAACUUUAAAAUUAACAGGCUGUGUUUAAAUUCAGCUUCCCAAGCCAUCUCAAACAGUGUUAUAUGGUUGAAACGAGAAAUGAGAUCAGUGCAAAUGGGAUAGGUGUUUGUAACCAACAAUGCGUUAAACGGUAGACAGACACGCAUGAACUAUGUGCUGAUAUCAUUUCAUGAUUCUGGAGAAAGCUGUGCUGAACCCAAACAUGUCUGUAAAAGCCAAAGCCAUUUACACGUUCCAAAGUGAAAACAAGGAGGAGAUCAGCAUACAGGAGAACGAGGAGCUCGUCAUCUUCGACGAGAACUCUGUCGACGGCUGGCUGCAGGGGGUCAACAGCCGUGGUGAAAAGGGGCUCUUCCCGGCCUCCUACGUGGAGAUCCUCCGACAGCGAUCCAACUCCAACCUGACCGACAGCUCCGUCAGCCCCGCUGGCUCCCUUGGCAACGACUCACCUCACCUCCCCUCCACGCCGAUCACCCCCACCUCUUUCCUGCCCCAGCAGGGUUACUACGACGACGACGACGAUGACUGGGACGACUGGGACGACAGUUCCACGGUGGUGGAGGACGACGACCCUAGCCACCGCCGGAGCGGCGGCAGCGGCGGCGGCGGCGGCCCCAACGGACACGCGCACCACAUCCCCAACUCCAACAACCCCAACGUGCACUACCGCGCCAAGCCCCGCAUGGAGAGGCAGGACAGCAUCUCCAGCUCGCGGAAGGGCAGCAUGGUGGGCAGGAACCUGAACCGCUUCUCCAGCUUCGUGCGCUCGGGCGUGGAGGCCUUCGUGCUGGGCGACGUGCCCAUGAUGGCCAAGAUCGCCGAGUCGUACACCAUCGAGAUCGGCCCCAAGGGGCCCCAGUGGAAGGAAAGCCCCCAGCCCUUCUCCUGCUCCGUCGAGGACCCCACCAAACAGACUAAGUUCAAGGGCAUCAAGACCUACAUCUCGUACCGGGUGACGCCCAGCCACACCGACGGGGCCGUGUACCGGCGCUACAAACACUUUGACUGGCUGUACAACCGGCUGCUGCACAAGUUCACCGUGAUCUCGGUGCCCCACCUGCCCGAGAAGCAAGCCACGGGCCGCUUCGAGGAGGACUUCAUCGACAAGCGCAAGCGGCGUCUCAUCCUGUGGAUGAACCACAUGACCAGCCACCCGGUGCUGUCGCAGUACGAGGGCUUCGAGCACUUCCUCAUGUGCGCCGACGACAAGCAGUGGAAGCUGGGCAAGCGGCGGGCGGAGAAGGACGAGAUGGUGGGCGCCCACUUCAUGCUCACCUUCCAGAUCCCCAACGAGCACCAGGACCUGCAGGACGUGGAGGAGCGCGUGGACUCCUUCAAGACCUUCACCAAGAAGAUGGACGACAGCGUAAUGCAGCUGACCCACGGCGCCUCCGAGAUGGUGCGGAGGCACCUGGGAGAGUUCCGGAAGGAGUUCCACCGGCUCGGCGGAGCCUUCCAGGCGCUGUCGCAGGCGUUCAUGCUGGAGCCGCCGCACAGCUCGGAGCCGCUCAACAACGCCAUCUCGCACACGGGACGCACGUACGAGAACCUCGGCGAGAUGUUCGCGGAGCAACCCAAGUUCGACCUCUUCCUGAUGCUGGACAAGCUCUCGCUGUACCAGGGGCUGCUGGCCAACUUCCCUGACAUAAUCCAUCUACAGAAAGGAGCCUUCGCCAAGGUCAAGGAGAGCCAGAAGAUGAGCGAUGAGGGCAAGAUGGAGCAGGACGAGGCCGACGGCAUCAGGAAGCGCUGCCGCACGGUGGGCUUUGCCCUGCAGGCCGAGAUGACCCACUUCCACCAGCGCCGCGAGGUGGACUUCAAGGACAUGAUGCAGGCCUACCUCAAGGAGCAGAUCGCCUUCCACCAGCGCGUGGUGCAGCAACUGGAGCGCACGCUGCGUAUGUACGACAACCUGUGAGGAUGCCCGUCCUUCCUUGAUGCCAAAAAAUUAACUACAACUGAAAAACGUCGCAAAGAAGGAAAGCACGAAGAUGUGAACCUUUGGCUUUGAUUUUUUUUGAUUUUUCUUACGGAGAAAUCUGGAUGUUUUUAUGGAUACGAAGAGGACUAUUUUAUUUUGUGCUUUGUUUAUUUUUACCGAACAGUGGACUUUAAUGAACAGUCGUUGUUGAAGAGCCUUGGGAAGUCGCGUGUGAGAGGGUUGAGAGAACAGAUCGGGUUAUGAAGAGUCUUACUGUGUUCUGCCGGCAGUAGAUAGGCGCUGUUGCUCUGGCUAACCCGUACGUCUCGUUUCGUAUUAAUAUGACACUUUAGACGAGGUGGUGGUAAUGGAUCAAAAUUAAUAAAAAUAGUUUUUCAAUUGUUCGUGGAAUUUAGUCCUCCUCGACUGCUUUUAUUGUGCGACGAUUCAAAGCCAUAAGAUGGAUCGGGAGCCUGAAAUGCUCCGCUAAUUCCGCAACACCGUGCACUUUUUUUUAUUUUUUUACGACGGUUUGAUGUCAAAUCGUUUAACAAUAAGCAAGUCACAUGUCUUAACGUUAUUUUGAGUCUUCCAUUUUAGAUCGGAUUGCAGCCACAAAUGGCCGACCGGGUCAAAAGGUGUACGGCGAUAAGAUCGAGGGGGGGGGGGUUGGGGGGGGGGGUCGGUGUAACUGUCUGAGACCACUCACCAUCGCCUCCUGUUGUCCAGGUAGAGGACUCGUCUUGCUCAGGUGUACACUACAUUCAUUAUUUAAUGCCUGUAACGGUUCAUCUCUUUACACCAAGUCACUGCUGUGUGCCUUUCCUCCCUCUGCACCAAUCCAAAGUCAGACGGAAAUACCAAUGUAGUCAUUUUGUAUGUGACCGUGCCUGUUACGAGUACAGAAGGAUUUGAAAGUAUGUCUGUGUUUCCCCGGCAUCUGUCACGCUGGGCUGUGUUCGGAGACAAGUUUGCACAGGCUUUUAUACGCGAGUGCGUAAUGGUUUCGUGUGUGAGUGAUUGUGUGAUCGAGAGAACGGGCUUUAGUCAUCCACUGUGCUGAUCAAUACAUGUUGGUGUGUUGCAAAACUAAACUGCCACCUACCGCACCUAGACCUGGAUGCCCAACAGCCAUAUGAAUAUGUUCACAUGGGUAGAAAGUUCAGUACAGACCAGCUAGAUUACAUGAAUUGGUCAGAGAACUCAUAUCAUUUAAAAUCGACUUGAGCGGUGAAGGAUAUCUUCAGUACCAUUUGAAAGCUUUUCUUUGCGAACUAAUCAAAAUAUCUCAGUCGCCACACCAAUACUUUCAUAAAUGUAUGCUUAAAAUAUUAGCUGGAAUCAUGUAGCAUAAUAUACCAUAAAGGCACAUUUCCUCAUGAAAACCUAACACUCAGAUGCACACUAUCUAAGACCGUGUAUAACUACAUGUUAAUGUGGAGCUGGGGCUUUCGGUCCACUGAAGUUUAAACAGAGCUUUCUGUUGUUGGAGACAUUGCCUUCAACACCAACCAUCGAAGGACACGUUGUUUGCGAAAUAUUACGUUUUUUCCACACCUUUUCACUUAAAUCGAGAAAUUGUGCUUGCAAAGCCGACAAUGCACUUCAGCAGAUCCAUAACGCUCAACGAUGCUUUGCUGUGUGUAAAACAAGAGGUGGAAUAACUCAAUCUAUCUCUGUGUUUUACUGAAGCAGAAAUGGGUUCCUCUCGGUUUCUCAAUGACCUGACAACCGGUGGGGCGAUGUGUGACUGAACAGGAGUGUUAUCUUAACGAUUGUGUCCACUAGCCCACAUCCUCCGGUUUCUCCGUCGCACCGCUCUGCCCUCUAAACGCUAUCGCAGUUUAAGCCGUGGUGAACACAUUCUGAUGACUUGUUAGUUCUUUAUUUAUGUGUGUGUGUUUUUACUUCAAUUUCAACUUCUCGACUCAGAGGAAGGUCGAACGGCGUUCUUUAGGCUCGACCAACAGACUUGGGUUGGAAGAAAUGCAAAACAGUUUAAAACAAAGUUUUAAGGUUUCACGCUAACAUUAGUUUGCAAUAACGAUACAUCUUUACUCCUUGUCAUAUCAUUUUCUUUCGAAACAUAUUUAAAAGCAGACAUUUCAUUAUCUGUUUAAGUUAUAGCGGAGGAACAGGGUGUAUCAAUAGCCUACAACCUUAUUACCGAUUUUUUUAUAUCGAUGCGUAACACUAAACCAUCUUCGUACAGGGCUAUUGCGGUUGAAGAAAGUGUUAAAUGUACUGUUGUAACGGACCAAACUGGUAGGUUUAGAGUGGUCCACUGCCCUGUAAAACGCUGUCUGAUAAGUGAGGUUGGGUAUUUCAGCCAUAUGAUUGUUUUCCUGGAAGGACGCAUGAACUCAGAUGACCUUUGGAAAAAAACGUCUGUGUACGAACUAUUUCUUACUGAAUUGGACAACAAUAUAUAUUUUUAACAUGUUUCAAAUAUUUUGGAUUUGAGGAGCCAAGCAAUAAACACAAGAAUAAUUGAAAUCGUCUUUGUCAAAGGAUAAACACAUUCCGUAUUGUUUAUUCAUUCAGCGUUAAAUAGUUUGGUUUUUAAGAAUCAUUAACAGACGUUUUUCAGAUAACCUUCAAUCCAAGACCGAUAUUUUGAAAACAAGUGACUUGUCUGAUGUUGAAGGGUGAAAACCAAAAGUCUUAAUAAAGGUGACGAUGGUGAUGAUU